GCAGCCUCAGUGUCUGGCUCAUAAUCAGCUCAGGCCUUGCAGUGGAAGCUGUUGUUGACAUUGGGCUGUCACACUUGCCGGCUCCUAGCCAGUAAGCGGCGGGGUCAUAUGAGGAAACGCGCGCUUGUGUAUGCCAACCAAGCGACCUGCAAGAUUAACAUUCAGCGCGGCAACGCCUCUACUCCUCGGUAACCUAGAUAUCGCGGCCUGUGUUCCACUAAGCCAUGUCGUCUGAAGAGUGGACAGCCACAGACAAGGACUCGACGUCCUCCAAGCUGAUAAAGAAGACUAAAGAAUCCCCAUUUGUCCCUAUAGGAAUGGCUGGCUUUUUGGGAGUGGUGGCUUUUGGCCUCUACAAGCUGCGUAGCCGCGGGGACCAAAAGAUGUCCGUGCACCUCAUUCACAUGAGAGUUGGGGCACAAGGAUUCGUUGUUGGUGCCAUGACCUUUGGUGUAUUAUAUUCUAUGUACAAAGAGUAUAUCAAGCCUCGCUUUCAUCAUAAAGAUGACUGAGGAGCCCAGUCAAGAAGACACAGCACUCUUCUGUCCAUAAACCUUGUCUGGUACCCAUCCAAUAAAACUGGCACAAGAUUAGCAGUAUGUUUUAGAAUCUGUUUUAUCUAGUGUUACUCCUCCUCUAUUUACUAAUACUAGGAUUGUACUGUAACUGUUUUAU